AGCUAUUCAAGGCCACACCUGGUGUAUUGGUGCGAUGAUGUGCUAUUGAACUUUAAAUGAGAACAGUGCGCACAUAAACGACACAGCCGAAUCGCCAUAUUUCUACCAGUUGCGCAUUCAUUGUGAGCUCUCGCACGUAGUAUUCGGAUUUAUCCUACUUUUCACUCAAGAAAACGGUGAGUUAUUCUGCAUAUAUCAUAGAUCAAGAUGGAGGCUUAUCCAAACAACGCACCUAUAACUAUCCAGCCAACCAUCCCGGCCUCUCAGACUAUCAUACAGGUGAAUCAAGUGACUGGGACUCCCAUGAUGCCUCGCGGCCCACCUCGUGAAUGGACGACCGAUGUAUGCGCAUGCUGUGAUGAUAUGACCAUCUGUCUGUGUACCAUUUUCGUGCCAUGUUACCCUUGCAUGCUGGCAGCUGACAUGAAUGAAUCCUGCUGUGUGCCAAUGUGCAUCCCAAAUGCUGGCAUUUCUAUGCGUGCAGUCGUACGUUCACGCCACAACAUCAGUGGCAACCUGAUGAAUGACUGUGUGGCCAUGUCCUGUUGUGGAUUCUGCGCUACAUGCCAGCUUGCUCGUGAAGUACAGAUGAUCAAGAGCGGGCGUGCCAUCCCAUAAAUGACCAUUGUGACGUCACAAUCACUUCAUGAGCAGUAGUUGAUUCGAAUUAAUUGGAAGUUAUUUAGUGAUAAAUAUAACAUUUCCUUUCUUUGGUUUAAAUCACACAAUUCAAAUUCUCUUUGAAAAUCUUAAUUAAAUAAAUUUAAAAAAAAAUAAAAAAAUAAGACGGGGCACAGAUUAAGUAAGGCAAAAUCCCCGCGCUUGAAUUGAACUUUACUAGAUAUCGAAUCAUGAUUGCACAUUGAAUAUAAAAGAAGAUAAUCAUUGCGUAUGGUAAUAUUAUGAAUGAUGUAUUCUUGAUAUAUAGUAGUCGCGCAAAAUCGUGGUGUGAAUCACUUUAUAAAAGCGAUAAUAUAUCCUUCACAAUUCCCAGCCCAUAUCUUUCUUCUGUUCAAGGCCUUGUUGUAUUGAUACAAUCAUUGGAAUGCUGGACGUUUUUAAACCUAGUCAUGAUCAUUCAUGUAUCAUGUCGUCGCACAGUGUGGCACUCUUUUUUUUCCUCUUUUUUUUUUAAAGGGCAAAGUACAAAAAUGUUUUUACUCUUCAGUGUUGUAGUGAAUCCUAUCGCAUUUUACAUAAGUGUAGCGUUUAGAAAAAAGAGGCUUCAUUUGUAGAUGCUUCAAAAUGAUUAUAAGAAGGAAAAUUGGGAUAUCAGAUACAAAGAUGCUAACAAUAGUUCAAACUAAUUUGUGUGAAGUAUCUGAUUAACACUGGAAUUGUUGUUAUACGAUGUAAGAAUGUAAUUUUUGUAUUUUAGUGCUUGUUUCUUUCAAGAGCUUUCAAUUUAUGUUACUUAGCAUUAAGUAUACUGUUACAAGCGUAGUGUAUGGGUGACUGUGUACAUAGUAAUGUACAUUAGAGAGAAAUUCAAUAUCUUUAGAUUUACAUCUUCAAUUGUGAUGAGCCGGAAAAAGAUUCUAGCUCUUAUCCAAGUCAUUCUAUAGACAUGGGUUACCCCCCCCCCCCCAAAUGUUAUAUGCGUGAUCAUGAUGAUCACAGAUAGGUAAUCCACUUUAAACUGAAGAGAUUUAUUUAGACUUUUAUUUUGUAUGGGUAGAGUGGUUUGUGUAUUUGUUUAUUUUGUUAAAGGUAUGCUGAGUAAGAGAUCUACUAUUCACUUCAUGUACUUCAAGAUAAUUACUAUUCAAGAGGUCUGCUUAGUUGCAAAAGUGGUGUAUAGGCCAUUUUCUUAAUGUAACCGAAUUUAUGGAUAUAUUUUGUGAAGCACGUCGGUACGAACUAUUUCAUCCACCUGUUACGAAUAGAUGUAUAUCAAUAGUCAGAAUUUAAAUUGCAUGUAUUAAGUGUUGCUACGUAGGACAAAUAUGGAUUACCCUAACUAGGAAUAUAUGCAGUUUGCAUUCUGACUAUUGAAAUACAAUCAUUCGUAAUAGGAGAAGGAAAUAACCGUACUGAGGCACUUAACUAUAAUGUAAUUACAUUACGGAAAUAACAUAUUCGCAAAACAGUUUUGGAAUGCUCUGGACUAUCCUUUCUUACAUGUAGAAUGUACUACAAUUGAUUUUGAAUGGGUUUUUCCUUGCACUUUCGCAUAAAGUUGAAGUUAGUUCAUGUACGUAUAUUUUGUAAUACAUUUCUGAAAUAUGAUAUAGAGAGGCUUCUUUUUUAUUUAGAUUAUAAUAAAACACUAAUGAGUUAGCCGG